AUGCGGCCUUUGACAGAAGAGUCCCGAGUGAUGUUUGAGAAGAUCGCGAAAUACAUCAGGGAGAAUCUGCAGCUCCUGGUGGACAGGCCCGACGGCACCUACUGUUUCCGACUGCACAACGACCGCGUCUACUAUGUGAGUGAGAUGAUCCUGAAGUUGGCCGCCAACAUCUCCGGGGAGAAGCUGGUUUCACUGGGGACGUGUUUUGGAAAGUUUACCAAGACCCACAAGUUCCGGUUGCACGUUACAGCGCUUGACUACCUUGCACCCUAUGCCAAGUAUAAAGUGUGGAUAAAGCCUGGAGUAGAGCAGUCCUUCUUUUAUGGAAACCACGUGCUGAAAUCCAGUCUGGGUCGAAUCACUGAAAACACUUCUCAGUACCAGGGAGUAGUGGUUUACUCCAUGGCGGACAUUCCUUUGGGUUUCGGGGUAGCAGCAAAGUCUACUCAAGACUGCAGAAAAGUGGACCCCAUGGCUAUUUUGGUGUUUCAUCAAGCAGACAUUGGGGAAUAUGUGCGGCACGAAGAGACACUGACUUAGGAUGGUCAUCCCAGGACCUUUUUGCUGUGUGAAGGGACUUAACUUUGUUUCCUGUGUGCGGAUAUCAUCAUGUUAGAUUUGGACAGCACUGAUAUAUGCAACUUGGAUUCUUACUCAACGGAAAUGCCUAAAAAUAGGAUUCCAGGCCCACUUUGACUACUUGGCAAGUUCAAGGCUAGCCUGGACUACGUGGUGAGA